AUAUUAUACUCUUUACUUCAUUACUCCUUAAAUAGGACAGAUUCCUGGCUUUAUCUCUUCAAUGUACGUAGUUGAGACUUUCUUCUUUUCACCAAGUUUUUGUACUAAAAUGGCUUCCCUUUUCUCUCUUUCUUCUGUACUCAUUUUCUUUUUGUACAUCAGCUUUGCUUCUGCAACUGUUCUUAAUGAUAUACUGGAAAAUGGAGACUUUGAGGAAGGGCCAAAGUCAUCAGAUCUAAAGAAAACAGUGAUCAUUGGCAAAUACUCCUUGCCUGAAUGGGAAAUCAGCGGUAUAGUGGAGUGGGUAUCCGCUGGGCCUCAGCCAGGCGGCUUCUACUUCCCGAUCCCUCGUGGGAUCCAUGCGGUUCGGUUAGGGAAUGAGGCUGCCAUCUCUCAGUAUGUGAAUGUGAAGCCAAGGGCAAUAUAUUCCCUCACAUUUGGAGCCACUAGGACUUGUGCUCAAAAUGAGGUCCUUAGGGUCUCAGCUGGAAGCAUGUCAAGUGAUCUUCCCAUUCAGACACUGUAUAGUGCCGAUGGAAGUGACACUUACGCGUGGGCUUUCGAAACAACAUCUGAUUUUGUUAAGAUUGCAUUUCACAACCCUGGUAACCAAGAAGAUCCAACCUGUGGACCUCUAAUAGACCAUGUCGCAAUCAAGGAAAUGCGUCCUAUAACAUAUACUAAAGGUAACUUGGUGAAAAAUGGUGGAUUUGAAGCUGGUCCGCAUGUAUACAAGAACUUCUCAACAGGGGUGCUCAUAUUGCCUUUGAAACAACACAAGUACUCACCAAUUCCAGGGUGGAUGGUUCAGUUUGUAAAACCAGUGAAAUAUAUUGACUCAAAGAAUUUCUUAGUGCAUUCAGGAAGUGCAGCUGUUGAAUUGAUAGGAGGAAGGGAAACAGGCAUUGCACAGAUCGUAAGAACAGUCCCCAAACAAUUCUACAACCUGACUUUCACCAUUGGCGAUGCAAAGAAUGACUGCCAUGGAUCAAUGACAGUUAAAGCAUUUGGUGGCAAGGCCAGUACACAAGUUUCCUUUGUAUCAAAAGGAAAGGGGUGGUUCAAGACUGCAAGCCUCGAGUUCCAAGCAGAUAAAACUAGGACAACAAUAGCUUUCUAUAGUCCAUACUAUCACACAAAGAUAGAUAACUCCGGUCACAUGUGUGGACCUGUCAUCGAUGAUGUUAGUCUCGUUCAUGUCCGUAAAUAAGCAGACGGAAGUGAGCAUACUGAGAAAAGGUCAUUUUCAAGACAAAUUUUAGUAGGAAUUCAUUUUUCUCUUUUCAAGCAGGUGAACACAUAUGUGAAGAAGGGUAGUAAAAUCUACCAUUGCUUUUAUGAUUUU